UUUGGCCGUAGAGAAUAUGAGCGCCCCAAAGAGAAGAUAAAAGGGAGAAGGAUGGGAGGAAACUGUGGGAGAGGGAGGAAGGGACACAGAAACCAUGGGAGACCCACAGAAAAAGAGAAAAAAGUUGGAUAUAGGCACAAAGCGUCCCAGAGAAACAAUGAGUUACAGAGAUUGACAGAGACACAUUGUCAGGGACAAACAGAAGGGGUGUGCUGGUUGGCAUGCAUGUAAAUGCAAAAUGAAUGAAGGAUGAGGACAUUCUACAGCUCUCCAGGUAGCCAAGAUGAAGGAAGACUCGAGAUGGUGGCAUUCACACUCAAGGCAGCCUGGAAAGUGUGAGGUCAGAUUCCAAUUCCCCUCUCCCCGAGUUGACCAGAGGGCCCAGCCCAGCGCAGCCCAGGGCCAGGAGCUGUCCAGCGAGAGACCCUCCCCCAGCGCUGUGACCUGUGGGUGCCAGUCAGUCCCAUGGACGACCUUGGAACUUGGCGUUCCCAGCCGGAAAAGGGGUGGCUGGCUUGUGUCCAGUUCUUACGCCCGAGGUGCUGGCUACUGAAGGAAUAGGCAGGGCCAAGGCAGCCAGGCAUUUCCAAGUUCUGGAACCACCAGACAGGCAAGUCUGUCUUCAGAAUGAAAUCUUCCCGAUUUUUGAGCUUCCUGGUGCUAUACAUUGUCUUCAUGGAUGUCCAGAGACCUGGUCGGAGUGAAUGGCUCUUUCCCAGAAGAUGCCCCAGAUUCAAAGAGCAAUGUGAAUACAAAGAAAGGGACUUGUGUACGAAGGACAGACAAUGCGAUGACAACGAGCGGUGCUGCAUCUUCAACUGUGGAAAGAAAUGUUUAAACGUCAAGGAAGAUAUAUGCGCUAUGCCCAGAGUAAACGGUCUGUGCCUGGCUUACUUUCAUCGUUGGUGGUACAAUAAGAAGAAUAAUACCUGCUCCCAUUUCAUCUAUGGUGGCUGCAAGGGAAACAAUAACAACUUCCAAACCAAAGACAUGUGUCUGAACGCCUGCUACAAAGCACCCUCCUCUUCCUGAAUGGAUAAGGACACACUGGGACAACAGCCAGGAUUUGGCUCAUGCUCUGAGGACCUGUCCAUGAACCUGCCUGAGGCUCCAGCUUGGCUUCCUCAAUUCUGGUCGCAGCAUUCUGAGGUGGUACCUCUUCCCAAACUGAACCGCGGCGUCUGCCUCCCCUUCCUCCCUCUCCACCCCUUUUCAUGAAUAAUAAUAUCCUUCUGGUUUGCUCCCAUUUGUAUACCUUAUCCCUUAUCUCUGACUUCUAGAGCUCCCUGUUUAUACCGUGUGGCUCUCAAUUUUUCCCAAUAAAGUACUUGGCUUAGUCCUUUA